UCCCUAAAACGCCCGGAGACUGGCGGGAGGCUGCGACCGGCGCGGCCGAGACUUCAGGCCGGGAAUCUCUCAAGGCGUCCCCGGCUCUCGCUAGGGAGGCUCGGCUGCCGUUCCUGCGUGACGCCGGGGCUCCAGGCUGUGUAGUAGGCUCGUCCUGGGCCCGUGGCCGCGGCCUAGCGAGGUCCUUCGUGGCUGAGAAAAGUGAGGACUCGGUGACGCUUCCACGCGCGUCCCCGGACGCCGGGUCCGAGGGGUUGGGCGGGAACAUGCCAUUUUAUCUUACUCCGUAUGCCCAAAGAAGUCAUGCCACUAAGAAGAAAUGGUAAACCUAAACUUCCUGUUCCACUUCCAGAAGGCAAAAUUCUGGAAGAUGUAGAAGGGAAGCGGUGGGUGCUGGGCAAGAUGAUUGGCUCUGGAGGAUUUGGAUUGAUAUAUUUAGCUUUCCCUACAAAUGAACCAGACAAAGAUGCAAGACAUGUAAUAAAAGUGGAAUAUCAAGAAAAUGGCCCAUUAUUUUCAGAACUUAAAUUUUAUCAGAGAGCUGCCAAAAAAGACUGUAUCAAGAAGUGGAUAGCACUCAAACAGCUUGAUCAUUUAGGAAUUCCUGUCUUUUAUGGAUCUGGUCUGACUGAAUUCAAAGGACGAAGUUAUAGAUUUAUGGUAAUGGAAAGAUUAGGAAUGGAUUUACAGAAGAUCUCAGACCAGAAUGGAUCUUUUAAAAAGUCAACUGUCCUGCAACUUGGUAUUCGGAUGCUGGACAUAUUGGAAUAUAUACAUGAAAAUGAGUAUGUUCAUGGUGACAUAAAAGCAGCAAACCUACUUUUGGGUUAUAAAAAUCCAGAUCGGGUUUAUCUUGCAGAUUAUGGACUUUCCUACAGGUAUUGUCCCAAUGGGAACCACAAACAGUAUCAAGAAAACCCAAGAAAAGGCCAUAAUGGGACAAUAGAGUUUACCAGCUUGGAUGCCCACAAGGGAGUAGCCUUGUCCAGAAGAAGUGAUGUUGAAAUCUUGGGCUACUGCAUGCUGCAGUGGCUAUGUGGGAAACUUCCCUGGGAACGGAACUUGCAGGACCCUGUGGCUGUGCAGAAUGCUAAAAGAAAUCUUUUAGAUGAACUUCCAGAGUCAGUGCUUAAAUGGGCUCCUUCUGGAAAGGGUGUCUAUGAAAUAGCCCAAUUUUUGAUGUGCGUUCAUAGUUUAGCUUAUAAUGAAAAGCCAAACUAUCAAAAGCUCAAGAAACUUCUCAACCCCAAUGGAAUAUGUUUAGGACCACUGGACUUUUCCACUAAAGGACUGAGUAUAAAAACACUUACUCCAACCAAUCAAAAAGUUGAUUCCAAAAAGGCUGCAACAAAACAAGUCGUUCAGAUGCAAAAUAAAUUGAUAGAAAAAAUCCACUGUGAAAGAAGUGCCCAGUCCUUUGCAACUCCAAGAAAAAUGGAGGAAGAACAGCAGAUGUUGGGGUCAAUGAACAAGGAAGCAGCUCAGGAAAGUACAAGGAGAAGACAAAAAUAUUCUGAGUCCUCAGAACUUUUGAAUGGAGUAAAGACCUUCCAACAAAACUAUGAGUAUAUCGAAUUCCCAAAUGCAUUUUGUGAGUCCUAUCAAAAUUUUGCCAGUCAAGGUACAAUCAAGAAGUCACAAUCUCCACCUUGGAAUACAUAUACUUCCACAGCUGGAAUGGGAGUCAUGGAUUUGGAAAGUUCUAAAGGACUCUGGCCCACAGUUUUCCAAUUUACUCUGAGUGAAGAGACAAAGGAAGAUGUAUAUUAUUAUGGCCUUACCAUAAUUUUGCUAUUGCUUUUAGUGUGUUUUGCUUUAUAUCUUCUCUGA